AUGCUCUUCAUCGCCGCCUUUGUCGCGAACUUGUUCAACAUUCCAGCAACCACUCUUCACGCCCCAGACCGAUCGCCGAAACAAAACACUAUCGACGGUAUCUCUCACGAAACACGAGCCAUGUCGACUUCCAACUACGUCUCUACCGGCCAAGCGCGCUACCUACGAGCAUGCAUGGUCUGCUCUGUUGUCAUGACCUACGCCCGCUUCCGCGACGAAGGCUGCCCGAACUGCGAAGAGUUUCUGCAUCUUCAGCACUCGCAGGACCAGAUUGAGAGCUGCACCUCCCAAGUCUUCGAGGGAGUUAUCACCCUCGCGAACCCGGCCAAAUCAUGGAUCGCAAAGUACCAGCGCCUUGACAACUAUGUUCCUGGCAUGUACGCCAUCAAAGUGUCAGGUCAACUCCCCGACGAAAUUAGAUCGACGUUGGAAGACGAGUAUAGAAUACAGUACAUUCCACGUGACGGCACAGAGGCGGAGAACGAUGCUUAG